AUGUUCAGCUGGCUCAGAGAUGAGUGGGUGCCAUGGCCAUGGUCACGGCGCAUGCGUGGGCGUGUGAUCACCAGAGAUGAGCUGUGGCAACACCGGUGGCGGAUUUGUCCAAAGGGUGUUGGCCAAAACUGCUGGGUAUCUAUCCGUGGCCUCGUGCUGCAGCUACCUGCAGAGCCAUUGCUCAUCGGUUGGAGGCCAUCGCUCAUCGGUUGGAGGCUCUUCGCACGCCACCCUGGCGGCACGGAGGUGCUGCGCCAGGCCACAGGCGGCGACGCCACGGAGGCCUUCGGUUCGCACAGCGCCUACGCCCGGGCCUGGGCUGACCGCUACGUCAUCGGCCAUCCCGUUUCGAUUGGCUCCUCCAUCGAGUCGAUGCUGUGA